UCUGGCUCCCGUAUUCUCAGAAAAAUUAAGUUUACUGUCCCCUGAAUAAUUUGUCGCCUUUGGUGUUGUUUAAACUUUCACUAGAGUAGAGAAAGGACACAGUCGGGGGGCUAUAUAACCAACAACGGCGAUCCCUUUAAAGACAUCACUGUCCGCAUCAUCCGGGAUCUUUCUUCAUCUGCACUGAAAACUACGGACUCUCUGCCCAGCAGUGUCGGGACUGAAGGGAUCUCAUUCUCUUACAAUGUCGUCGUUGCUGCUCUUGCUGUUCGUUUGUCUGACGACAGUUUCCUUCUCAGAUGCUGAUCAUUCUGAUGUUGUUAUCGCUCGAUUGUUGGAGGUGCAAGAGAGUUCUUCGGAAGAAGAAGUAGCCGGGCCUGUAGUUACAGCAAGAGACUUGAGGAAGAUCCAGCAACUGUUAGACCUGCUGGGAGAAGAGGCAACACUUGUACCCAUUGGCUGCACGUGCACAUUAUCGUCUUGCAGUUGCUGCAUCGACAUCAAAAUAAAGAAUUUCGAUGCAAAGGUGUGUGGUAAUCUGGCUUAUAGCCUCCAGCCGGUCGGCCUCAUCUUUAGUCUGACUUACAAUGGCAAUGUGAUCUUCAAAGAGGCUAUAAGUAUUUCAAAUCCUCCAUCGUUUUGUGUCGGCGUACCAGUAGCUCAGGUGUGUAUCCAGCUCACCAACCUUGCUUUCAAGAACUUACACAUUUCCGGAUGUGUAACUCUGCAGGUUGACGCUUUGGGAAUAAAAAUUCUCAAUUUUAAUCUAGUUUGUUUUAAUUUUGGUUCCGCUGGCCAAACGAGUCUAGAUUUCUCCCAAGGUGUCCAUCUCCCGGCGAACACAUCAUCUGCACAAGAGCUAAACGCCGAUGUUGACAUGGCCUAUCAAAUUGAACCGGAAGUACAAGAUAACUCUGGUUUGAAGUUCCGUUCCAGAUCGCAGGUGAAAUCGAUGUCCCGUCUGAUUAAGAUGCUUCUGGAACCACUUUCCAGCGAUGUGUAGUAGAAGUAUUGCAAUCACAGCAUGUCACAACUGCACUGGCUGGAACACAUCUCGCCAGCAGUAAAUAUUUGUAAAUAACCUGUGAUUGAGGUGUCUGUGUGACGCCAUUGAAAUCAUGCAGUUGCCUGCAUUAUCUCCCUUUUCUUGCUCAGUCAACUGUAAAACAAGAUGACUGUUUACCUCCCCGGCUAAACCUUCUUCAUGCCAGUGCUUCAUUGCACAUUGACCAGGAGAGGUGAAGAAGAGAACGAAUGUACCUUUGUCUGUACCGAGGCUGGUGUUGUAUGAGAAUGUAUGUCACAGUGUGUGUUAAUGACCCUCACACCAGCAGCCAGUGUACCUUUUAUAUUGUCUAUGUCAAGAUCAAACGAAAUAAAGUGAUAGAAUGUUGUGGUAA